GCGACGCGGGAAUGGCUCCCUGGCCGCACGGGAACAGCUCUCUGGCCCCGUGGCCAGAUGUCCCCACCCGGGCGCCCAAUACUGCCAACGCGAGCGGGCUGCCCGGGGUGCCGUGGGCGGUGGCACGCGGGGCGCUGUUGGCGCUGGUCACCGUGGGGGGCAACCUGCUGGUAAUCGUGGCCAUCGCCCGGACGCCGAGACUCCAGACCAUGACCGACGUGUUCGUGACUUCGCUGGCCACAGCCGACCUGGUGGUGGGGCUCCUGGUAGUGCCGCCGGGGGCCGCGUUGGCGCUGACCGGCCGCUGGCCCCUGGGCGCCACCGGUUGCGAGCUGUGGCCCUCGGUGGGCGUGCUGUGUGUGCCCGCCAGCAUGGAAACCCUGUGCGCCCUGGCGGUGGACCGCUACCUGGCCGUGACCGACCCGCUGCUAGGCGCGGGGGUCACCAAACGCCGAGCCCGGGCAGCAGUGGUCCCGGUGUGGGUCGUGUCCGCCGCGGUGUCGUUUGCUCCCGUCAUGAGCAAAUGGUGGCGCGUCGGGGCCGGCGCCGAGGCGCAGCGCUGCCGCUCCAGUCUGCGCUGCUGCGCCUUCGCCUCCAACAUGCCCUACGCGCCGCUCUCCUCCUCCGUCUCUUACCUUCCGGUCCUGGUGACGCUCUUGGUCUACGCGCGAGUCUUCGCGGUGGCUACGCGCCAGCUGCGCUUCCGGCGCCGGGAGCUGGGCCGCUUCCCGCCAGAGGAGUCUCCGCGGGCUCCGUCUUGCCCCCUGUCCCCCGCCCCGGCGGGGCCGCGCGCCUGGCCCGCAAGGGUGCCCUCCCAUGGCCGGCGGCCGGCGCGCCUUCUGCCUCUGCGAGAACACCGCACCCUGCUCGCCUUGGGGCUCAUCAUGGGAACCUUCACUCUCUGCUGGUUGCCCUUCUUUGUAGUCAACGUGCUGCGCGCCCUCGGGGGCCCCUCUCUAGUGCCCGGCCCGGCUUUCCUCGCCCUUAACUGGCUAGGCUAUGCCAACUCUGCCUUCAACCCGCUCAUCCACUGCCGCAGCCCUGACUUUCGCAGCGCCUUCCGCCGCCUGCUGGGCCGCUGCCGGCCCCAGGAGCACCUCGCCGCCGCCUCCCCGCCCCCGCGGCCCUGACCAGCCCCGCAGAAUCCAGGCAGCGCCCACCGCUCGACUGAUUUCUUGUCACCUCUUGGGCUGGCUUUGACUAGAAGACUAGAGGCCCCCCAAAGCCCUCGGGCUCAGCUUUGGUUUCUUUGAAAGAUUUGAUAGCUGUGAAGGUGAGAAUCCACUUCUGGGAUGAAGGCUAGACAGGCUCAGGAAUGUGGCUUCCUGGGGACUUUCUUAGGCCUUGAAGAAACAACUCCAUUGAUCCAGAACCUUUGGAGAGCCUCUGGCCUGCUGGGAAUGAGCCCUGUGGAGCUUCCCAGCUGGAAAACGAUGCCCUCCGGAACCUGACCACUGGGCCAUGAGAGGGGGAGGGGGUCUGGCUUGGGAGGGGGAAUCCUUACCAAGUGGGUUUUCACCAUUCUCUCUCUCUCUCUCUCUCUCUCUCUUUCCUUCCGAGAGAUGUUUUCUAAACCCCACCCCUGAACUUCACCACGACCUCAGCAGCUUGAGAAUCUGGCCCCCCUUGCAGCAGCUGGGCUGGCUUUGGCUGGGCACCCGUCCCCUUUUGCUCACUUGUGUGCUGUGUGCUUAGGGCAAAGAGAGCACCCUCGUUCCAUUCCUUCUGCCACCUAGACCCUGAUGAACCAGUCAGUGUACUGGAGGCCCUGGCGACCCAGGCUGAGAAGAAGCAGCUAGAAAAGGUCAAGGUUUGGGGUUUGGUUCCUGGCUCCCUCACUACAGCCCUCUAAGCUCCAGCCUCCCUCACUUUAGACACAGGACAGCUCUGAUCUACCUCACAGCAGGGUCAGAAGAACUACUUUAGAGUUUUGGGGGGCUCCUGGGUUCGUGGGAAGGUGAACCAUUCGAAUGGAUCCCUUCUUUUCCUUUUAAAAUCAAAUUAAUAAAUAUUACUGAAUGCAGUUUAUCCAUUGCCCUC